UUUCCAAUAAUAUCGAAUAAAUCGUGAAGUGUACCUAGUGUUUGCACUGUAAAUAUUUUACAGGCACUCAGUGGUAUUGUGUUUAUCCAAGUAUUUCUUGUUACAGUUCCGUGAAUACUGAAAAAUGGCGAAGUCCAAGAACCACACAAAUCAUAACCAAAACCGCAAGGCCCACAGGAAUGGGAUCAAGAAGCCUAAGAAGUUCAGGCACGAAUCUACCCUUGGAAUGGACCCUAAAUUCCUGAGGAACCAGAGGUUCUGCCUGAAGGGCAACCUGAAGCCCGCCAAGCAGAUCGCGAGGGCGGCCGAGAAGAAGGCCACGAGGGAAGCCAAGGCCAAGAAAUGAACAUCUAGCUUAUAAGAUAAUAAACACCUAAAAAAAUAGUUGUAUUAUUUCAUU